AUGAAAGAAGGCUUCGGGUCAAACCAGCCUAGCUUUCGGAUUUCUUAUCAGCAAUCUCUCACCCUGUCUUCUGAAUGCAUUAAGUAUUCGCGUUGGACACUUGACAUCUCCGUACAACCUACUAGGAGAAGAUUAUUUGGAAAUUCUCUGCUUGAAUGUAAUCGUACAUCUAAAUCUGCUUGUAGUUUUCUUCAUCAUGACCCCAAUCCUGUUUCCAACUCUGACCAUAAUCCUGAUUCCAACUUUGGAAUUUGGAAUAGGGUUUGGAAGCUGAAAUGCUUCCAAAAGCCAAGUUAUUGCACGUUUGCUCAUGGUUUUGUAGGAUAA